CGCGGCGGCGGCGAGGAGCUGUGCCUUCCACCUCUCCAGCCGGGGCAGGCAGGACGGGGGCGGCCGCCGCGGGCCCGGGGCGGGGACAGCACGCAGCCUCGCGACGCGCACCCCCGCCCGGCAGCGGCCCGGGUACCCGGGGCGAGCGGGAAAGCGGCGGCGGCGGCGGGGGAAGGAUGCAGGGGAAGAAGCCGGGCGGCUCGUCGGGCGGCGGCCGGAGCGGCGAGCUGCAGGGGGACGAGGCGCAGAGGAACAAGAAGAAGAAAAAGAAGGUGUCCUGCUUUUCCAACAUCAAGAUCUUCCUGGUGUCCGAGUGCGCCCUGAUGCUGGCGCAGGGCACGGUGGGCGCCUACCUGGUGAGCGUCCUGACCACCCUGGAGCGCAGGUUCAAUCUGCAGAGCGCUGACGUGGGUGUGAUCGCCAGCAGCUUCGAAAUCGGGAACCUGGCGCUCAUUCUGUUCGUGAGCUACUUCGGGGCGCGCGGUCACCGGCCUCGCCUGAUCGGCUGCGGAGGCAUCGUCAUGGCGCUGGGCGCGCUGCUGUCGGCACUGCCCGAGUUCCUGACCCACCAGUACAAGUACGAGGCGGGCGAGAUCCGCUGGGGCGCCGAGGGCCGCGACGUCUGCGCUGCCAACGGCUCGGGCGGCGACGAGGGGCCGGACCCCGACCUCAUCUGCCGCAACCGGACGGCCACCAACAUGAUGUACCUGCUGCUCAUUGGGGCCCAGGUGCUCCUGGGCAUCGGUGCUACCCCUGUGCAGCCCUUGGGGGUCUCCUACAUCGACGACCACGUGCGGAGGAAGGACUCCUCGCUCUACAUAGGAAUCCUGUUCACGAUGCUGGUAUUCGGACCAGCCUGCGGGUUUAUCCUGGGCUCUUUCUGUACCAAAAUCUAUGUGGAUGCAGUCUUCAUUGACACAAGUAACCUGGACAUCACUCCGGACGACCCCCGCUGGAUCGGAGCCUGGUGGGGUGGCUUUCUGCUCUGCGGUGCCUUACUCUUCUUCUCUUCCCUCUUGAUGUUCGGGUUUCCACAGUCCUUGCCCCCGCAUUCAGACCCCGCCAUGGAGAGCCAGCAGGCCAUGCUCCCCGAAAGAGAAUACGAGAGGCCCAAGCCCAGCAAUGGGGUCCUGAGGCACCCCUUGGAGCCAGACAGCAGUGCCUCCUGCUUCCAACAGCUGAGAGUGAUCCCGAAGGUCACCAAGCACCUGCUCUCAAACCCUGUGUUCACCUGUAUCAUCCUGGCUGCCUGCAUGGAGAUUGCAGUGGUGGCUGGCUUUGCUGCCUUCUUGGGGAAAUACCUGGAACAGCAGUUUAACCUCACCACCUCUUCUGCCAACCAGCUGCUCGGAAUGACUGCGAUCCCGUGUGCUUGUCUGGGAAUCUUCCUGGGCGGUCUUUUGGUGAAGAAGCUCAGCCUGUCUGCCCUGGGGGCCAUUCGGAUGGCCAUGCUCGUCAACCUGGUGUCCACAGCUUGCUACGUCUCCUUCCUCUUCCUGGGCUGCGACACGGGCCCGGUGGCUGGGGUUACUGUUCCCUAUGGAAACAACACAGCACCUGGCUCAGCCCUCGACCCCUACUCACCCUGCAAUAAUAACUGUGAAUGCCAAACCGACUCCUUCACUCCAGUGUGUGGGGCAGAUGGCAUCACCUACCUGUCCGCCUGCUUUGCUGGCUGCAACAGCACGAAUCUCACGGGCUGUGCGUGCCUCACCACCGUCCCUGCUGAGAACGCGACCGUAGUUCCCGGAAAAUGCCCCAGUCCCGGGUGCCAAGAGGCCUUCCUCACCUUCCUGUGUGUGAUGUGUAUCUGCAGCCUGAUCGGUGCCAUGGCGCAGACGCCCUCUGUCAUCAUUCUCAUCAGGACAGUCAGCCCUGAACUCAAGUCUUACGCCUUGGGAGUUCUUUUUCUCCUCCUUCGUUUGUUAGGCUUCAUCCCUCCACCCCUCAUCUUCGGGGCCGGCAUCGACUCCACCUGCCUGUUCUGGAGCACGUUCUGUGGGGAGCAAGGCGCCUGCGUCCUCUACGACAAUGUGGUCUACAGAUACCUGUACGUCAGCAUCGCCAUCGCGCUCAAAUCCUUCGCCUUCAUCCUGUACACCACCACGUGGCAGUGCCUGAGGAAAAACUAUAAACGCUACAUCAAAAACCACGAGGGCGGGCUGAGCACCAGUGAGUUCUUUGCCUCUACUCUGACCCUAGACAACCUGGGGAGGGACCCUGUGCCCGCAAACCAGACACAUAGGACAAAGUUUAUCUAUAACCUGGAAGACCAUGAGUGGUGUGAAAACAUGGAGUCCGUUUUAUAGUGACUAAAGGAGGGCUGAACUCUGUAUUAGUAAUCCAAGGGUCAUUCUUUCUUAAAAAAAGAAAAAAAGGUUUCCAAAAAAAAAAAAAAAAAAAAAAAAACACCACACACGCAGAGGCACAGAUGCACACACACACACAUACACACAGACGGACACACAGACUUUAUCCUUUUUCUCAGCAUCAGAGCCAGACAGGAUUCAGAAUAAGGAGAGAAUGAGAUCGUGCGGCGGGGUCCUGGAGGCCACUCGCGCGGCUGGGCCACAGAGUCUACUUUGAAGGCACCUCGUGGUUUUCGGGAUGCCAACAGCUGCAAGCAACAGGCACUGCCAAAUUCAGGGAACAGUGGUGGCCAGCUUGGAGGAUGGACAUUUCUGGAUAUACAUACACAUAUAAAAACAGAAAACACUUUUUUUAAAGUUUACUAAAAUAAAAAAUUUUUAAAACCCACAAGUUGAAAACAUUGCCAGAUUAAGCACUAGUGACACGGCCUGCGCCAUCCUCCUUCUCCACGUGGGGGUGGGGGCGGGCGCACAAGUCAGAGGGGUGGAAGCCCCACGCCUCUCUCUAACUUUUGCAAUAUGGGUCACUGUGUAGACGACUCACCCAGUCUGCAUGUGGUUCAAGGCCCCAGAGUUCUCUCAGUGAUGCUAAUGGGUGAUCCGCGCUGGAGUUUGUAAUUGGCACCUCUCACCAGCUCCAUUUCCAUUUUCAAGACUGAGGGCCUGAGGGGGCCGGGUAGAGGGCCAGCACCGCCCCGUGGCAGGCAUCCACCUUCCCCCAGCCCCACAGAGUGACCUCAGGAAGCAGUAGGCCUCGCCUGGCUAUGACUGACCCGGCUCAGAGCCAGUGAGACCCAACACAGUCCAAGUCAUUUGCUUACAUUUGCCAAACAUUUUGCCACUUUUAAAAGGAAAAAAAAAAAAUGCAAUGCAUAUGAAUUUCAGACUGUUGUAUGUAUAAUCCUCUAAUACUAUUUUUAACUACUUCUAAAAUCUGUGUUAGCCCUUCAGUCACUAACACAGUUCUCUAGGGCGGAUUUAUUAUGCUGAUUGCUUUUACUUUUUUUUCCUCCUUUUUUAAUGCACCAAAAAUAUGUGAUACGAGGGAUGCAAUUAACCUAUUGUAAUUUUUAUCAUUUUAUCCUUACUUGGAUAUUCUACAAAAACAAGAAUAUACAAUGUGUUACAAGAAGAAAAAAAAUGCUUCAAAAAGAGAGUGUGUAUGCAGGCUGACUUUCAAAGAAUCACUUUUGAGACAACAGGGGAUAAUGUGGUGAAUUGCAAAUUUGCCUGCUAGCUUUCUUCACCAUGAUUCAGUGAUCACUGUCAUGGGAAGCCCUUUUAUAUUUCGGCUUGACAUUCCAAGAGGCUUUCUUUUCAGCCUGUGGAGGAGACAGACUUAGAUGUCGGUUGGUGUGUAUGGGUGCAACACCUGUGGCGAUGGGAAAGAGGAACAGUUCCCUAGCACAAGCUGUUACGCAGUCUGUAGCAUCUCUGAUAGUGAAUAGACCCUCAGGCUCCUGGAAGCUAUCACGUGUCCGAUGCGUGAAAAUGCCAGUGACAUGUUCAGGGUCAGUCUUGAACUAAGGCCCUUGUCUAUGUGUGUUUUGAAAGUAGCUGAACCUCAGAGAAUGAACCUGUUACGAUGUGGGGUAAGAAUCACAUGGGAAAACCUCUUGCAACCAGCACACUUGCUCUUCUGUGGCCAUUUCUGUAAGGGGACAGAGCUUAGGUAACACAACCAAGGGCUCAGCUAACGUACCCCUCAUGCUGCCCCAGUGACAUUUGUUCAUGUCACACUCCUGGCCCCAGAAAAGAACCCAAAGGUUGAUUGGUUGGUUUGCUUUUUCACUUUGGACACAUUUGCAGUUUACCCACAAGCCAACAAAAGAAUCAGGAGGUAUUGCACCAAAUGUUUAAUGAACGUUAUAAAUGAAGAGGCUUGAGUGACAAUCCAAAUCUAGAGAAAAGCACUGCACAAGAAUGACCAAAAGAAAAGAUGUGUCAUGAUGUGGGGCCACGGUGAUCAGCUACCUGGGGCAGGAUGCUCCAAGAUGGGCCUUUCAUCUGCUUAGUGUUAGUAUGUCUUUGCUGAUGAAAAUGGGGACACUCACCAGUAUGUUAACUAGUAAAGGGGACAUGGUUCUCUAACCAUGUCAUAAAAUAUGUAUGUUCUGUUGUUCCUAAGGCUUUGAUACUAUCCUGUACAGGUUUUGGCUUACUUUUGUUUUACAAAUGUAUUGCUAAUAGGUCAUGCUUAUAGAUUAUCGCUUGGCCCUUCAAACUCAGUACACAUACACUGAGGCCCUAUGACCUAGUGUUUUAUGGAACUAUUUGCUUUGAGAGGGAAAAAAAAAAGGUUUUUAAACUGUU